AUGGCCCAGACACGCAAAAACACAACCAAGAAGGUCAAUACCCCCAAGACCACCAACAAGAAGGCUGCCGGCAAGGCCGCCACUCGUCCUAAAGUCGACAUGAACAAGCUGUUCCCACCCUGGGGCUCUGAAGAAGCGCUGAACCAGACGGCAAAUAAGUACGCUACUGAUAUCAUACUAGCCGUGUACCAUGACAUCAACACCUACUGCAACAUAGAGAGACUCGCGGGAGAGAAUUUUUAUAAUUGUCAGAUGUUCUUCAACAUGCGUACCUUCACAGAAGGAUUUGUUGAGCGGGAAAUCGGCAACUACAUGGCCUGCGUGGAAUCCUUCAAGACGGAACAUGGUGAGUUCCAACCCGUCACACCUAACAGUAGAUUCCUCCAGUUUGUUACUGGGCUCGGAUGGAAGAUGUUUGCUAUCUGUGCCCAUGCCGAAGCAUUCCGACGAGGCAUCAAAGAAGCCGACGAUAGAACCUGGAGAUUCCUGAUCCAGAAGAUUCAAGAAAACAGAUUGAGUAUUGAAGUUUAUGCCCACAACCGUAGCCUGAAGUGGCGUAACAUGAUCUGGAUCCACCAGGGCUACCCCAUCCCAGGUCUGCCAGACAUGAAACCCGAAAUCGAAACAUACAUGCAGUGGAAAGUCGACCACCCUCACCACACCGUCAUCACGUUCGAUGGCAAGCUGAAGGAGCCCACCUACAAAGGCAAGUUACAGAAACACAUUGGUGAGAGUAUCUUUGAUCCCAAGAAGUGGGGUGGCCAGAAACAGGACCCGACGCUUCGCCAUAUGUCUGAUGGCAGCUCGGCUAACGUCGGACGCGCUUGCCUUAUGUGCGGCAAUCCUGCUUCUUGUGAUUGCCGCGUGGCAUCUCGAGCAGGAGAGCUGGUUGAGCUGAGAGAAUACCCCGAGACGGGUACUGGUAUUCGAGUACUGACAAGAUUCAACCGCGGUGACAUUCUUGAUUUAUUCGUGGGUGAACUUCUUCCAGAUUCCGUAGAAGAGGUCUAUCCCUUGUCGCAAUGCGAUGAUGAGCCCCAUACGUCUCCCAAUACAGCUCGCAUUUUGUGCACGAUUUGCCCUCACGAGUUUGGCAACUGGACCCGUUAUAUCAGCCACUCGUGCCGGCCCUCGACGUCGUUCGUCACCCGCACUAUUGGAAACCGAGUUGUGUGCACAGUUGAAGCCAUCCGCGAUAUCAUGCCUUUCGAAGAGCUCACUGUUGGCUAUGGUGAUAAGUACUGGAAGGGUAAAGAUUUUGAGUGCCGAUGCGGGCACUGCGAUGGUUCCGGGACUGAGAGAGGACUACUGACAGAGAGCUAUGCGCGGGGGCCAUCAGGUCCCCCCUUGAUUGAGUCCACAGUUGGUGAUCAUUUCGCCAAGAUUGUCGCGGAAUGCGGCGAUAGAACAGCUGUUAUCUCAAGACAUCAGAACGACCGAGCAACAUAUUCCUCUUUAGACGCAAGAAGCAAUGCGCUCGCUCGUGGGCUGGGAUCGGUCGGUGUUGGGAAGGGGGAGCGGGUUGGAGUCAUGCUUGGGAACUCGAUGGAAUACGCUGUGGCAACAUACGCGUUAUUCAAACUUGGUGCCAUUUUGGUUCCACUCAAUCCGUCUUUCAAUAUUGCACAAGUGAUUGCGGCCCUGGGCCACCUGGAAGCCAGUCAUCUUUUAAUCAGCACAGAGUCCAACCUGCCCCGAAAGAAACCACGAAGCAAUGUUCCCUUGCUCGAUGACCUUGUUGAAGAUCUCCACAAGUCAAACUUGGAGUCCGCAUUGGUUCCUUCUCUGAAAAAGAUCAUUAUGGUCGACAAUUCCGAAGGUCGCGUAGAUAUAUCAUCUUAUAAAAGUUUGACGCCAUAUGCAUCCAUCAUGUCCCAACUCACUGCAGAUGGUCGCCCACUUCCCGCUCAAAAUCUCUCGCCGCAUGAGAUUGUGAACAUCCAGUUCACGUCAGGAACCACAUCAAUGCCCAAGGCAGCAUGCCUUAGCCAUCACUCCAUCCUGAAUAACGGCUCCCAGAUCGGCGAUCGCAUGCUCCUCACGCCAAAUGAUAUUGUCUGUUGCCCACCGCCGCUGUUUCAUUGCUUCGGCAGCAUAUUAGGUUACAUGGCGACAGCAACCCACGGUUCAGCCAUCGUCUUCCCCAGUGAGUCCUUCAAUGCUCGUGCUGCACUAGAGGCUGUCCAAGAAGAGAAAUGUACCGCGCUACAUGGUGUACCGACAAUGUUCCUCGAGCAGCUGAGCAUGAUCGAGACGAAAGAAAUCUCCAGCGAGGGAUUUCAACAUCUUCGCACGGGCAUCGCUGCGGGAAGCAGUAUUCCUUCCGAAAUAAUGAAGAAACUGCACAAGGUACUGAAUCUGACUGAAUUGACAAUCUGCUAUGGGAUGACGGAAACAAGCCCCGUUUCGGCUAUGACAACGACAAACGAUCCCAUUGACAAGCGGAUCUACUCUGUUGGAAAGCUCAUGCCACAUGUCGAGGCAAAGAUUGUGGACCCUGUGGACAAGAAAAAUAUUCUGCCUAUAGAGAAACGGGGUGAGUUGGCAGUGAGCGGGUACCUGCUGAUGAAGGAAUACUGGGAUGCUCCAGAAAAAACCGCGGAGGUGAUGAUUGCAGAUGAAUCUGGCAAGGUCUGGAUGCACACUGGAGAUGAAGCUUCAAUGUCACCAGAUGGAUAUAUCAGUAUCACUGGACGGAUCAAAGAUCUGAUCAUCCGCGGUGGCGAGAAUAUACACCCCCUAGAGAUCGAGAAUUGCUUGCUAGCCCAUGGUGGGGUUGCAGAUGUGUCUGUCGUCGGCGUCCCCGACGUGAGAUAUGGCGAGGCAGUGGCUGCUUUUGUUGUUGCCCGGGACCAAGGUUCAAAGAAAGUCACCGCUGAGGAUAUUCAGCAAUGGGUGCGCGAAAAACUUAGCAACCAUCUUAUUCCGAAACAUGUCUUCUUUUUGGGCCCGUUGGAGUCUUUUCCCAAGACAGCAAGUGGAAAGAUUCAGAAGUUCAAGCUCAGGGAGAAGGCAAUUGCACUUUUGGCCAAGGGCGCUGCAUGA